CAAACAACUGGGAGUUUGAAGUCCCCAGCUUAUCAACCAGUUAGUGUUUAAUGUGAUCGUGAGCACUAAGAACAGCAGCCAACAUGGACUUUAGCGGAACUUGGAAAGUUUAUUCUGAGGAGAACCUAGAAGCGUUCCUCAAAGUCAUAGGGGCACCUGAGAUGAUCGUGAAAAUGCGAAAGGACGUCAAACCUGUAGUAGUGAUAGAGCAGAAUGGUAAAGAUUUUGUCUACACCAUCAAGACUCCAAUGUUUACCAGGGUGUACUCAUUCACCCUUGGACAGGAGACAGAAAUUCCUUCUGUGGAUGGCAGAAAGGUUAAGUGCAUCAUCAGGGAGGAAAACGGGAAGCUAAUUGGUGAGGCUGACAAGUUCACUUCUGUUCGAGAGAUCCGGGGGGAUGAAAUGACAGAGACCAUCACUUCUGGUUCAGUAACGUUCAUCAGCAAAAGCAAACGGGCCUAAAGUCUUUCUGGAAGAGCUCACCUGAAGUUCCAUAUGCUGAAAUCAUAAUAUUUGUGGACGAAAUGUUCAAUUAGCUGACAAAGUUAUGUGAAAUAAAGAUUACAAAUACAAACGUG